UAUGUAUAAUAAAAAACAACAUACAUAUAGUUGUUUAAUUGUGCGUGUUAUUUUUUAUUUCACUUUUAUUCGAGCAUAUUGUUAAUAAAAUUUCCAAAGUAAUUGAUUAUUUUUUCAAGAAUCAAUUGCAACGAAUGUCGCAAAAUUAUUAUUUGUAUGAUUCUCGAGCACAAGAUGUUAACAGUGAUCAAACCUCCUUGGUAGCUGCAUUAAUGAGCCACCCCUCCAGCAUCAUCAAAAAUACUACCAGCUGUAGUUCUUCUCUGACAACGCAUUCCAUUAAAAAUAGCCACAACAACGACAACAACAUUAAUACGACACAUAAGAAGAGCCUAAUUAACCCUGCUCUAGUUAAGCGUAAGCAUUAUUCAAAGCGUGAACCGAUAUUCUUUUUCAUCAUGCGUUUAAAUUUAAAAGCUGUUCUAUUGCUACUCACCGUUGCCGUGGUAGUUAUAACCUGUGCUGUUUACAUGCGUUGUGCGGAAUUUACAUUUCCCCAUGAUUUGGUGAAAAGAUGGGAUCGCAAGUUGUACGCAGUUGGCGGCAAUAGUGACUUACUUAAUAAUAAUUUAGGCGAAGGUGCUGGAGGAGGCGGAGUAGAAGGAGAUGUCAGUGAUUUAACGCCUCUACAAGAUAUAGAAUGCUUAAUUAAUCAAGAAUACACAAUACGUUGUAAACGUGACGAGGAAGAUCAUGAAGUCUAUUUGCCAUUUUCAUUUAUACGUAAUUAUUUCGAUAUUUCCGGAUCGAUGAGUAGUCCCUCGUCUCCUCAAGCCAUUGAGAGUAUUAAUGAUGCACAAUCGCCAGUACCAAAAUUCAUGUGGAUGCAUAGUACGGCGAAAAUAAAUUUACCUAAGGGUAAAUAUGAUCCCCGGGGAUUGUUUAUGUAUUUUGAAAAUUAUAAUGUAGAGGUUCGUGAUCGUGUUAAAUGCAUAAGUGCUGCGGAUGGAGUGCCCAUAAGUAUUCAAUGGGAAAAACGUGGCUACUUUUAUCCCACGCAAAUAGCCCAGUUUGCCCUAUCACACUAUAGCAAGAACCUUACAGAGCCGGAACCAAGAAUAAGAGUAUUAGAAAAUGCCGAUAAUGUGCAAAGUUCUUGGUCCGUGCCCAGAACAAGUAAUCUUACACGUAAAUGGCAUCCAAAAUUUAACUCAUCAGUUAUUCAGUAUGAAACUGCUAUAGAUUUUGAUAGCGCUAUAACACUUAAUAACAUAGAUCAAUCUUUAGACUUGGUGUUAAAUAUUGAUUUACUGCUUAUUACCAAUAGCAGCAGUCUAAUGGUGACUGUAGAAAACCACGAAACAAAACGAUCUUAUCGAGUACACUACAUACCAGCCGAUUUAUUGUUGAGUGUGCAAGAUGAGAAUAUUUAUUAUGGCCUCAGCGUACAGGCCCUUAAUAAAUGGCGACAUUUAACGCGCGAUCUUCAUAUAGAUGUUCAAAAGGGCCUGGCUAUGGAGAGUCCAAAAAAGUCGGGCAUUAAAAUCAAACGUUCCGAAUUACGUAUUGUGUCUAUAUCAUUAAUGGGUAUAGGUUUCUUUGACAAUAUUACAUUGUCGACGUACAAUCAUUUGGCGCAUUUCUAUGAUGCUGCCGAAUGGUUUGUAAAUAAUCAAGAUUUACGUACUGGUGGCUGGCCCAAUCCAGUAAAACGUAGUCUAAAUGGUUUUGCCGAAUUGAGAUCUGGUUGGCUGUCAGCUAUGGGCCAGGGGCAUGCAAUUUCGGUGUUGGCGAGGGCCUAUUGGCAUUCAGGCGGUGAUAAAAGGUACUUAAAGGCGGCGUCGUUAGGUUUAAAACCAUAUCGGGUGUUUUCGAAAGAUGGUGGUGUUUUGGCGCAGUUUAUGGAUAAAUAUUAUUGGUAUGAAGAAUAUCCAACAACUCCAGCUUCUUUUGUGUUAAACGGUUUUAUUUACUCCCUGCUGGGACUGUACGAUCUUAAUUCAACGGCUCCCUCCAAUAUUGCCAAUGAAGCUGGUAAACUUUUUAAUCAGGGCAUGAUUUCCCUAAAGAAAAUGUUACUACUCUACGACACUGGCUCAGGGACCAGUUACGAUCUACGACAUUUAAGUUUGGGUGUUGCGCCAAAUUUAGCACGUUGGGAUUAUCAUGCCACGCAUGUAAAUCAGUUGCUGUUGUUGGCAACCAUCGAUUCGGAUCCAAUUAUUUCACAGACUGCCGAACGUUGGAAGGGUUACAUGUUUGGUAAACGAGCCAAACACAAUUGAGUAUGUCUGAGACCAGGGAGCAAUACAGUACGCCGUUGCCAUAAAUAUAAGCGCACAAAACAGACUCCCUUGGUUUCGCGAUAAUAAUUCUGUGACAGAUACUACAACUGGUUUACUAAAACUACUAGUACUCCUCUUCCUUUAAAAGAAACAUAAAAGAAAAAACAUUGAAAUGAAAAUGAUAGAAAAAUAAGUGAUAUUUGCACAUUUGAACUUAAGUAUUGUUAUUUAUUUUUGUACUUUGAAACAAAUCGAAACAGAAAAAAAAUUAACUUUCCUAAAGUUAUUUUUUUUUAAAUUUAAUUUUUUAGAAUUUAUGAUGAAAUCUAUGUUCUUGUCUUUUUAUAUACUUAUAAGUAUAAAAUCUAGAAUACUGUUAUAAACAGUAUUUUAACUCUUUAUUAGUAUUAACUUUUUUGUUUGUAUUUUUUAUUAUAUUAUAUUUUUUAUAUACAUAUAUUUUUAUUUAUGACUAUUUUUAUAAUUUCGAAUGUAUUAACUAAUGUAUUUGGUGCUGUUUUUUUAGUUUUUUAGUUUUAUAUUUUUAUUUUAUUCUCUGCUUAAUGAUAUAAAAUGUACGUACCUUUUUAUAAACUUAUAUACACGAAUAAUAACAAGAUUUUCUGUUUUAUUAUUAUUUUGCCAUUUACAUACAUACAUUAACAAACAAAACAAAAAAAAGAACUAUAACUUUUCAAUACUUUAGCUUUAACUCAAAUUAAUAAGUCUAAAUUAUGAAAAAAUUUUGUAAUAAAAAAAUGUAUACCUACAGGUUUUUGAAAAACCUUCAAACAUAUUUAUUAAUAUUUAAAACUAAACUGUAUUUUCACAGUAUCAAUUGCAAAACAAGAAAAAUAACUAUUAAACUUAACAAAUAAUGAGAAACGAAAACAAAAAUACAAA